GUUGCUCCAAUGAAAGUCCAAUGAAGAACUGUCCUGGCAUUGCAGCUUGGAUUAGAGAGGUAAAGGGAUAGUUAAAGCAAAUCUGUUGCUUUCUGGCUGCAUAAGGGACUUCAAACUAUGUGAGCUUCCACCUUUUAUCGUUCUUGGGCUUCCUCAUGGUCCAACCUCAGAGACAUCUUUGCAUCAUGUUCUGUAUUUGUAGAAAGAACAGGAAUGUUUGUAGGUGGUGGGGAACUGACAAAGAUCUGCAGCCUGGCCAAGUGCUUCAAGAUCUCCUUUCUGAAAUGCCUGUAGGAGAUGUAUAACCUUUGGGUUUCUGUUCUAUUUAAUAGAGAGCCCACCCUCCUCUAAAAGAAAUCAGCACCCACCGAGCCAGCAUCUAAUGAGGGUGUUGUGUGGGGCACAGCUAAGUAGAGUGUAAAGCAGGAGUAGCGAUGUGGCCAUGUGUGGUGCGAUGCUGAGUGCAUAUUCCAAGCCACAUAUUUUCAGCUCUACCACACGCUCACGUAGAGUUUUACAAACUUCCCAGAAAAAUGGUGAUUUCUCUGCGAUAAUGAAGGGGAGGUACAGCACAGGGCUGAGGGGAGGGAGCAGGGAAUGGGCAUUGAUUUAAAUCUGCCUGGCACACAGGCCAGCUCCACUUAUCAGUGAGUCUAAUAGGAAUGUGAAGAGAAUAGGCUUGACAGCUCAUUAGAAUGUGAUCCCUCCUCCUUUUUUUUUUUCCCUUUUUUUUUUUCCCCUUUCUUUUUUUUUUUUUCCCUUUCUUGAAGUUGAUGGAAACUCAUUCAGGAAAGAAGGACUUAUUUGCUGAGGUAAAAGAGGGUUUUGCCAGUGUGCAGCCGGGGAAAGGAGCAGCGAGAACAAUCAGAUGUGAUCUACAAUGAGAGGUACCUGAAAGCUUCCCUGGUGUGAGGGGAGAUGGGAGAUGAGAAAGACACAAGAUUCUACAUCCUGACAGCUGCUCGUGGCAUCGGGACUUGCUGCUCACCAAGGAAAAGUGAGGACAAACUCAGCUAAAGAGGGAGAGAAGCUUGACUUGGGAAAACUUUACCUGUUCCUCAUGGACCUGGGUACAUCCCCAGAUUCUUUGCUUCUCCCUGUUUUAACUUAAAUGAUACAAGACAUUUAUUUUCUCCUCAGAAGGCUGAGCACUUGGCUGUGAUGCUUUCAGCCUCCUCAGAAGAGCAGUGGCUGUAGCAACCUUGGAUUACAGUUCCUCAGCAUCUUGGAAGGGAAGGAUGAGGACUUGUCGCUGAGGCAAGGGAAGUGUCAUCCAGGAGAGAACGGGUGGAAGGACUGCAAGCCUGCUUUGAACAAUGCUUCAAAUGACAGAAAGUGAAAUCUCCUGGUGAAGAGGAAGAACCUAACAACCCCCCUAAUGAGUUUGUGUUGUCAGCUCCGGCCUGACCAACUCUUGCCCUGAGCAAUUUGACUUCUCUGGGUUUCAUAGUUGAGUGCAUUUUAAACGAGUCUGAAGACUUAUUGGGGGCGAGGGGGGAGCGCCACUUCAAGGUGGGUGGCAGGACUUUCCAGGGCCUCUUGUAUUUAUGUAAGCUUCGAGAGGCUGAAUGGACUUACCUCUUUCUUCGAGUGAAUCCAGAUUUUUCAAACAAGUUUAUCUAUACCAUUUCCAUGUGUCCUGCUUGAACAGAGAUCUCUCCAGCAACCAGCGCAUCCGCCUGUGCUGCUCCUUUGACGCUGCAGAGCCCAGAGGACCAUCUUUAAUACUCCUAAACCUUUUAAUUGUAUUUUAGAGAGCAGCCUGGGUCUAUUCCUCUUACUGGUGGUGCAGGUUUUUGUGCUUGGAGAGUGUCCUUCCUGCCUUGGCCCCUCCCUUUCCAAAAUGAAGGGGUGCACCUGGGUAUUCGUGGCAACUUUACUUUGUCAGCAGUUCUGCCUCUUCAGAGUUACGGCAGCAAAGAGAGAGAGAAAGAUGAAGAAAGAGCCUAAUCAGUACACGGAGCCCUUCAAUGCCACCCUCUCAAACAGCGAGGAGCUGCACGGGCAUCCCAAGAUCCUAGAAUCUCCAGAUCCUCGAAUCACAGACCCACGGCGGACCUGGAUCUCCUUUGUUCACCGCCCUGAUGAUGGCAACACGUCUAAAAGGAAAUGCAAAGGCAAAGACAAGAAACUACGUGGCCUUGUUGGGCCCCCAGGACCUCCUGGUCCCCAGGGACCUCCAGGAGCACCUGGUGCUGAAGUCACUCGGGAAGUCCUUCUGCAGGAGUUUAAGGAGAUACUGAAAGAAGCCAUUGAGCGCCGAGCAUCCCUGGCUAUUUCAGCCCAUCCUAGCCAGCUGCCUCCACUCCUGCUCUCCUUGGAGGAAGUUUCACCCCACAGACGUGUCGAGGAGGCAUUCCAUUGCAAGCUAAAAGGCCAAGUCAUUGUAGAUAAGAAGACUCUGGUAGAACUUCAGAAUUUCCAGUCGGUGAGAAGGAAUUACAGACUGAACCUGUGCAACUCCACAGCAGCCACCCCCCUGGCCAAAGGAGCUUUCCUCCGGGGGACAGGAUUGAAUCUGGCAACAGGCCGUUUCACAGCACCCGUGUCCGGCAUCUACCAGUUUUCAGCCAACAUCCACGUUGAUCACAGUGAGUUGAAGAGUAAAGUCCAGCUCCGAGCCAGAGACAACGUCCGAGUGCUGAUCUGCAUCGAAUCCCUGUGCCACCGAUACACGUCUUUGGAAGUCAUUGCUGGUCUGGAAAGUAACAGCAAGAUCUUCACCAUCUAUGUUCAUGGCUUACUGCAGCUGCAGGCUGGCCAGUACACCUCCAUAUUUGUGGACAACAGCGCUGGAGCUCCCAUCACCAUCCAGAAUGGAUCCGAUUUCAUGGGCAUGUUAAUGGGUGCAUAGCAUCACCUGCAGCAGGGAAGGAUACGACGGAGAGCCUUGCGGUGUAUAUUUGACUGAAGAAACCUUUAUUUUGCCUCUUGAAGACUGCUUCCUGUAACUGUUGGCAUCUUUUUAACCAAGCAAAGAGCCUUUCCCUUCACAGCUACUUCAGCUUGCUUUAGGAGGCUACUGCUUUUCAAGGGCCACACCAGUUCAUUCAUCAUAAAAACCACACUUUUAUCCUUCAGAAAUGAACUCUGUGAUAUUUAAUUUGUGCUUCACCAGAUGCUCACUGAACAAUAGGCUGAGGUUUGGCAUUUGUUACGUUAGAACUUUACUUCACAAUAGCACUUGUAAUCAGCGUGUCUUUUGGGAUUGACUGUGGGGUGCUUGAGUUUGUAAAUGAAGGAUUGAGAGGGGAAGUAAAACAGUGACUAUAUUCUAUGUAUUGUGGGGGAAGGAGACAAGGGUUUGCCAGCAAAACUGCUUUUUUCACACAGUUGUAAAUGGUACAGGCCCUCUCUCAUGUCCAGAAUUGGAUAUAUUGACAAGUAGUAUGUCGAAUUCUCAGACAGUGCCUGCUUCAGAAAUGGGAAUCCAAGAUCUGAACUCUUUAAUUGUGGUUCUUUCUAUCUCAGCAUCGCCUUGAUGUGAUUGAUGGAGUGAAUACCUCGCUGCCUGUGCAUUUUGGUUUGAUGGAAAGAUAGGGUCAAUGGCACCAGUUCUAGCAGGAACUCCCUUACUUGUCUUCUUAUGUUUUAGUAAGAUAUACAUGUGGGUUUGGACUGCAUCACAUAAACAGCAUCCUCUCGGGUGCCAUCUAAUCAUUUGUAAAUGUGUCAAAUGCAUUACACUGGUUGGCAAAAGCCUGGCAAAGGCAGUGGGGAGAGCAGCCUUGGCUCAGGUAUGUCGUCUGCCUGGUGCUUGUUCAACUGCAGGCAAAUAGUGGCCGGGGUCGCAGGGAGCCUAUCUGAGCUCUGCUUGGGUUAAAGUGCUGGCAAAGACCAUCUAAAAGACCCUCCAGUGAAUGUUUCUGGAUGUAAGCGUGUGAGAUUGAGGCCCAAAGUGCUCUGCAUGUAGCUCCAGGCUAUAAACUCAUUUUAAGAGAGUAAAAGAGUGUGGACAUUUCGUGGGGUUAAGGUGCUACCCAAGAUGUGGUAACAUCCUCGUUGCUAAAAAUCCCCUUCAUUUAAUGUACUUGUGUAGCUUGCCCUUCUACAGACACUUGAUUCAUUGAUUCAGCUUAGUUUAAGGAAACGGUUGUGUCACAGUGUCAGAAAUAGAUGGUAGCAAGGCCCAAAUUGGAGCCCACAUACUUGUUCUGGAAUGUUUGCAGGGAAUGGAACACAUCCCUUGUAUCGUGUUCAAGUUUUGAUCAACUACAAUAUCCUUGUGAUGAUGAGAACACACACUGCUGGGGACAGCAGGAAGCAUCAAACCAAUGUCGUCUGUUGCUGGGUCUUUUGUUCAGGUUGAUCAUCCAUGAUGUCUCUACAAGCUCCAGUAACACUGCUGUUGAGGUUGGUGGUAUGCAAAGAUGUCUUAGUUCAAGAGCUGUAAAGCAGGCAUGAAACUGGCUUUUUCAUCUCCAUUAUAAAUACCUUGAGACAGAUCUUUAAGGGUGCUAAAUGGUAUUUUUUUGUCCUUUGGGAAGAACAUUAAAGUGAUACCUACAGGAGGAGGAAGGAGAGGGUAUAAUCAAGGUACAGGGAAUAAUCAAGUAGUGCUGUUACACAAGUACACAUGGGUGAAUUCACUUUCUAGUCAAUGGGAUGUGGUUGUUCUAACUGGACCUGCGUGACUGUCUAAAACACAGCAGCUAUCAGUGUUCAUAUAUUCAUCCCUGCUCCACAAUACAUGCCACAAUUCCUAUGGACUGCUUUUUGUGGUACACUUUGGGGAGAACAUGCUAUUGAGAGGCACAGCGAGUAGCAACAAUCAUCAUUUCUGGAGCUUCAGGAAGCAUGUAACACAUGAAUUCAUCACUAAACCCUAUCAAUAAAGAUUGGCUGUUUCCACUGGCUUUGAUGGAGUAGGUGGAGUGAGGGCACACAGCCCCCAUCCCAGCAUGUAUUACUGUAUGUUGUACUGUGUAUUUGUAAUAAAUUGGGCUGGUUCCUGCACGACUCGCAGUGACAGCAUCCAAGUGGUGUGACAUGCAGCAUAUGUUGUAUAUCUAUAGGUGGUUUGAGCCAAGUCUCACUGUUGAGUAAAUCAGAGUUAUAAUAUUUAUUUUGUUGUAGAACUAAAGCUGUUUGUCAGACUUCA